AUGGAGAUGAAUCAGUCUGUACAGCUCUCGGGGGAACCCCAAUCAACACCUCCAGGGGACAAUUCAUUACCCACUCAAAAUGGUCUGGAGAAGCAAGAUGAGAAGGAUUCCUCAACCCUACUCCAAGCACCAGAGGGGAAGGCAGGUAUGCGGACUGAACAGGGAGCUCAUGAUAUCUCUGAGGAGCUGAACCGACAACUAGAAGACAUCAUCAACACAUAUGGGUCUGCUACUGAAAAAGAGGGUCCCACCAAAGCAAAGGAGCAGCCUGAGAACACAGAACCACCCGACCAUGAGGACGGGGACUGUGAUGAGACCACUGAAGAGAUCGAGAGAGAACCCACAGCUUCUGGAGAGCCAGCCACAGCCAAAGAGCCUGUCAGUAAUAAAGAGCAAAAAUUGGAAAAGAAAAUCCUGAAAGGAUUAGGCAAAGAAGGCAACUUGCUCAUGCAAACGCUGACCAAGCUGCAAACACCUGAAGAAAAAUUUGACUUUUUAUUCAAGAAGUAUGCUGAAUUGCUGGAUGAACAUCGCACUGAGCAAAAGAAGUUAAAGCUCUUACAAAAGAAACAGGUACAAAUGCAAAAAGAAAAGGACCAGUUGCAAGGGGAACACAGCAGAGCCAUCCUCGCUCGAAGCAAACUGGAGAGUCUAUGCCGGGAGUUGCAGAGACACAACAAGACGCUGAAGGAGGAAACCCUUCAGAGGGCACGUGAGGAAGAAGAGAAAAGGAAGGAGAUCACAAGUCAUUUCCAGACUACUCUGACGGAUAUCCAGGCCCAGAUUGAACAGCAGAGUGAGCGAAACAUGAAGCUGUGUCAGGAGAACACAGAGCUUGCAGAGAAACUGAAAAGCAUCAUUGAUCAGUAUGAGCUCAGAGAGGAGCAUCUGGACAAAAUAUUUAAACACAGAGAACUGCAGCAGAAGCUGGUGGAUGCAAAACUGGAACAGGCACAAGAAAUGAUGAAGGAAGCAGAGGAGCGACACAAACGCGAGAAGGAAUAUUUGCUGAACCAGGCAGCAGAGUGGAAACUUCAAGCCAAAGUGCUGAAGGAACAAGAGACAGUCCUGCAGGCUCAGCUUACUCUCUAUUCCGGAAGGUUUGAAGAGUUCCAGAACACACUGACAAAAAGCAAUGAGGUGUUUGCCACUUUCAAACAGGAAAUGGAUAAAACAACCAAGAAAAUGAAGAAGUUGGAGAAGGACACAGCCACGUGGAAAGCCCGGUUUGAGAACUGUAACAAAGCUCUGUUGGACAUGAUUGAAGAGAAAGCAUUGAGAGCCAAGGAAUAUGAGUGCUUCGUGAUGAAAAUUGGGAGGCUGGAGAACCUCUGUCGAGCUUUACAAGAAGAGAGAAACGAGCUCUACAAAAAAAUCAGAGAAGCAAAAAUGCCUGAAAAAGAUGACCAAAGUCAGCACACCUCCGACGACGAGGAGCUAGAGUCUGCCGUUUCUGUGGGCGGCGAGGUUGAUGCAGAGGAAGCCGACAGUGUUCACAAUGCUGUGAAAAAUCUGGCCACAGCCUUCAUGGUCAUCCGUCAUCCGGAGUCGACCUUCGAGCAGCCCAAAGAAAUCCCACCAGAAUCCGGCAGUCCUCAAGGGGUUGGUGACUCGGCCCUCAAGGAGCCAGAACAAUCCCCUCUGAGCCCUUUAUGCCACUCAGAGAUUUCCCUGCCUCCCCCAACUCCUCAGGCUGAGGCCGAAGGAGGCAAUGAGGCAGAACCGCCCCCCAGGCCCAGCAAUCCCCCCGCGGGGUCGGCAGCAGAGGCCCAAGACCAGGGUCUCCUUCCAGCAGCCCAGGCUGAUCAGCAGCCCCAGAAGCCAGAGGCAGAAGCUUCGAGUCAGGCCCCACAGUCCCCGGCAGAGGCUUCCCUACCAGUGAUGGAGGCAAAUGGUCCUGCUCCACCACCCACAGCAGGUGAGCAAAUUCUAGUUGGGGAGCUCAGAUGUGGGCCCAGUAGGCAGCCACCCCCACUGGAAGCAGCAGCAUUGAGACCACCAACAGGGGUCUCGGUGGAGCCCCAGCUGCCCCAGGUGGCUGACACCAACCUGGAAGCAGUAGACUAA